AAAAAAGAAAUUUUUGGUAAGCUCUCAAAAAUUAUUGUAGGAAGGGCAGGCAAACUAUGGGAAAGCAACAACUUUUCUUUUUUCUUCCUCUCUCUAGUCUUUUGUGCUCCUCCCCAGCCAACAAAAAAGUGAGAAACUGGAAAAAUUGAUUUGAAAGAAUUGAAGUGACCUUGACCCAUGUAGUGUCCUCUCCUCUCUCUUAUUUAAAACCCUCUAACAUCUUCCCCGUUCUUUCUUUCUCUUUAUCUUUUUUUUUAACUACAGUGGUUUUGGUUUUGUGUGUGUUUUUGAAGUGAGCGAGAGUGUGUGUGUUUAGCGAGGGAAGAUGCCAAGGCCAGGGCCAAGGCCUUAUGAGUGUGUGAGAAGAGCUUGGCAUAGUGAUAGGCACAAACCCAUCCGAGGUUCCAUGAUUAGACAAAUUUUGAGGAUGGCCUAUGACACUCACAGUGCUGCAACUAAAGGGAACAGGGAGUGGCAAGAUAAGCUUCUUCUUGUGGUGUACAAAGCAGAGGAAAUCAUGUACUCUAAAGCCAACUCUGAGUCUGAGUAUAUGAACCAAGACACUUUAUGGGACAGAGUAAAUGAUGCCAUCAACACCAUUAUUAGGAGAGAUGAGAGCGCUGAAACUGGAGAUCUUUUGCCUCCCUGUAUUGAAGCUGCCCUUAAUUUGGGAUGCAAAGUGGAGAGAGCUUCGAGAAGUCAACGACACAGCAAUCCCAGGAGCUACCUCAGCCCGAGAACACAAGAAUCGGCGUCUGUACCUCCUAGAGCUAUAGAUAGAACUCAUGAUGAACAAGGCCUUCAGUCAAUGCCAGUUCACUCUAUCAAUCAAUUGAAUAUUGCAAGAGACACGGCAACUGGGAAUCCAGAUCUUUCGGUUUCAGAGUCUAAUAAUCAUUUGGCUGAGAAUAGUAAUGUUGCUUACAGUUACCCUUUCUUGUAUGAGAAUAUCCCACCUGGCAGUAAUCAGCUGACAACAAGGGAAGCCGACAUGCACCAGAACUUUGGUUCGGUUUAUCCCUUGUAUUGUGCAAAUCAAUAUCAAAUCGAAGCGUCUGAUGUGGUCUCCCAAUUUCCGAUGAAGACGAAAUCCAACACUAUAUUUGUGGGCAAACCUAUUGGUACAUCUGUUGCACCACAUAGGGAAAUGGGUGUCUUGCAGACAGUUUUCUCAUGUUCCAGUGCUGAAGUUGGUUCCACGAGAAUCACACAAGCAGAUUUCAGAAAUACCCAUGACAAGCCAACUGGCACACAAUGUGAUUUAUCCUUGAGGCUGGGUCGAUACUCAGACCCGGGCAUGAGCAUAGAAAGAAAUCAAGCUCAAGAAAAUGAAAACGCUGGCUCAAGCAGAUUUCAAGAAAGAGACAAGUUUAGUGUUUUUUCUCAACAAAGAAACAAGGAAUUCUGUUUUUUUCCUGGUACAAGUACUAGGGAUCCCUCUGGAUCCUGUUCGGUUAAGUGGGUUUCAGAGGGUGAUGAUCAGAAUUUGGAGACAACCAUCAGAAAGCGCAAAGCGCCCUUCAGAGACAAUGCAGAGGAUGGACAUUUUUGCUGGCAGUCCAACAUGUUCAUUGGUCGAAUAGAAGGGCCAGGUUUGUAGGCAUUGUUUUUCCCGUUGUAGUGUCUAUGCUUAAAAAUUUGAGGUGGCUAGAAUUAUGCUGGUCAAUCCUUUUUGCAACCUCAUUUUCCUAUGUAGUAGUUCAGAUCACAGAUUUACACGCUAACAGCGAGAUUGCAACCUGGGAUUUAGUGGAAAAGGUGAGUUGUAAAUGAAAUCUGAGUUCGAUCUAAACUAUACUGGUUAGUGACAUAACUUGCAAAAUUGAGACAUCUAGCCAUUACCAAAAUCCAAAUAGGUAUUUUGGGAACCAGUUUAGCACCACACACAUUUAUUCAUUCAACCUUGCAUUGAAUAUUCUUGAAUUCAUUAAAAAAAAAAAGAUUUUAGGAGGCAUUUUGGAGAAAGGAAAGUAAUUUACACAGUGGGAGGAGGAUAUAUGAGAAACUUAAGACUAAUAAGGACUGCACUGAACCACAAUGAAACCAGUCUACGGAAAUGUCCUGGUAUGACAUUGAGGGGCCUCUUCAUGAAUGGCUACUCUACCAUGCUAGAAUAACUUCUCCAGUUUCUAGGUAAAUGUUCUGUACUUAAAUGAUUAUGUAUAUAUGUUGAUUAAUUCAGGAGUGAAUCUAACAGUUACUGUGAGUUAGCUGUAGGUCAUUAUUCUUAAGCUAAAUGAGUUCAUCUGAAAAAAAUAAAAAUAAAAAUAAAAUCAGGAUAGUUUUUUGUGGUGAGUCUGUUCUGUAGAGGAUGGGGUUAGUGAUGACCAGUUUCCUAGUAUAAUUGUCUGAAGAAAGAUAAUUUUGUGCCCUGUUUUUGUUUGUAUGAUUUUACAUUAUUAGGUGUCAGCUAGGGCAAUAUCCCCUGGGUAUACUUGCAAAAUUAUGAUGUGAAUAAUGUUCCUGUAUUCCUUUGUGUAUAUCAAUUGAGCAUUUGAAGGUAACUGGCUUGACAAAGAGGGUGGAUUACCAUAGAAGUAACUAGUAAUUAAGAAGACAUGCUAAGAAUGUGGAAAGGUAUAAAGUAUAAUUUUCUGGGGUUACUUCAGCACUUUUGAGAAUGAUUUAGGAGGUUACUUUUAUAUGUUUUCUGUAGCAGGGAUCUCUUUGAAGAUAGGAGUAUAACUUUUUGUGGUUUUAAGUGAGCAGUGACAUAAAAUAGGAGGUUGUUAGUAAGUUUGUUUUGCUGUUCAAUUGAGCAUUUGAGUUUACUGUAUGUGAAAUGUGAAACUUCAACGGCUGAGAGUUCAAUGGUGGAUUGGAGGAGUUAUCAAAAUAUCAUUUUGGUCCUUUCUCUAUGUCUUCAAUGUUUCAUGGAAGAAGAUUAAUAGACCUUCCAAUAAUGCCAUGCUCCUUUCAUUCAGGAUUAAAGAAUAGUCUUGAAAUCUUUUCUUAAACGGCAAUGGCCAGUUGGUGGUGUGAAAGCAGUGAUUGACUUCUUUCUUGAACUAUUCUUUUAACAUCAGCAAAAAAAAUGGAUGAUUCCUUUUCUGGUUGUUUAUAUGUUCUGGAACUUAAUUCACUGUUUUUGCAAAAAACGAUAGGCUUCUAACCAUCAUUCGUCAUGCAGCUUUCCAAACAAUAGUGCUAAAAAGAAUCUAAGCUUUGUCAACAACUUCCUAUAAAUAUUUGUUAAUUUGAAACUAAUAUGGUAAGAUUUUAAGAUUUUUCCCAGAUGUUGCAAUGGUAGCAAUGUGAUUUAAAGAUAACAAAGCAUGAAAUUCCUUAAUGCCUGGUCCCGCUUUCUCCAUUUCAGCUUUUACUGCUUCACUCGUUUCUUCAGUUUUUUUUCCUUUUCCAUGCCUAGCAACUCAACUGUUACCCUGUUACCUCAGCAUGGGCAUUUAUGUUGAUUUGCUGAAAAGACCUUGUUGGGAGCUGCUUCUGUUUUUAUUGUAGGUGCUGAGAUCUUUUUUGAAAGAAUGGUAGGAUUCUCCAUAGCAUGCUCUUGGCAAUCAUUCUAUAGCAGUGGAUGUAAGCUGCAUAAUUGUACAAGUAUAAAUAUUCAAGAGUGUUUAUAUUCUGCUACUUUUAAUUGUGACAUAAGAACGCAAAUUCUAUUUGAUAACUCUUGCACGUGAAUAUUCUUUCA